AUGGAAGUAGUACAAGUUCAACCGAGAGAUUCUUAUUUACAUAAUAUUUACGUACCUACUAAAGGUACCGUCAUACGAUGGUCUUUUACGACAAAGAAGAACAACAUUGCAUUCGGCUUGUUUCGUCGCAAAGAAAGGGAGCCUUUGCCAAACUCAUCCGAGAUCGUAUUCAGGGCUCAGCAGCAACUGCAAAAGCGACAGAUGUCUUUUCCCUCAGACGUGGGAGCAAAUAGAAACAAUAGUCAAGAAUCCACAUCCACAGUAGGGGAUGAUGAUAUCGAAUCCAAUUACAUUCAUUCCUCGAAUCAGUCUAUCCACAGUCAAAACAACUCUUCGCAUCACAGCACUAGGCCCCGCUCCAAGUCUGUGGCAACCAUCAAGCUAAAAGACAGUGGCAUGGAUGAGAUCAUUCCUAUACAGCAUGCUCAGUCGUCUGACCAGAAGGUGGAAGGAACUUUUUGUGGUGGAUGA